AAUCCAGACGCCGCCUACGACCGGGCACACAUCUUCUGCGCCUCUUCUAGGAAGGGCAGCGGGAUACGCCGGUCCUUACCCCUACGGAGAUGGAACAACAUCAAGCGAGACAGAUGAGUCCUGGAAAAUCGGAUACGUCAACGACCAGCCAGUGACAUCGAACUCAUAUUUGUCUUCAAUCAGCGCUGAGGAAAUUAACAUGGCAUCAGCUUACGAAAAAUCUCAGGAAAACCCGUGGAUGGCUCCUUACAACUACAUGCGGCGCAGCUUCGGUGGCAGCGACACCAUCGCUACCGUUGUGAUAAUAUUAGGUGUCGCUGCUUGUGUACUGUCUCUUUACGGUAUGUACAACAGGAACAGAUACCGGAGCUCCAAUGAAGACGAUGUCGAUGAAGUAGCUGUUUUACACGGACCCUGGGCUAUCAACCGUAGUACAGAGUCACAUCGACCGCUCAAUGCCGGAUUCAAGUUAUGCAAGACGAACGACUGCAAAUGGGAGAGUCGUCACUUGGUUCACCUGUCGCACCCUUCUCAAAGUGCAUGCAAUAACUUUUACGAUUUCGUGUGCUCUGUUCGAUGGCGGGAACCAGCUCGGAAAGACGCGGCGUCCACAAAUGACUUUGUCAUCGAAGACGUUCAGGACAUCGUCUGGGAGUACAUUAAGAGUGGAAGAGCCGACGGUGAACAGGCUGUUUCAGGAGUGGUGGAUCUUUGGAAAGGCUGCAUGGAUCAUCAAGCCAUUGGGAAUCUUGGAACCGGACCAUUCAAGGCCACGCUCAGCAAGCUAGGCCUGGCCAGUUGGCCACUCGAUUCGUCAGCUCCCGUGACGUCGUCAGACAUAUGGAGGAUAUCUGGUUUGGCGGUGCGCCUCCUUGGGUUGCACACGCUAUUCAACAUAAAAGUAGAGCGAGACAAACGCCCUUCGCUCGUGAUAACACUGGGCCGCACAGCGACAUCACUUUCCAUUCGGGAUUUUCAGGAUAAUCGUACGGUCACUAAAUUCCUGGCCAGAGUAGCAAGGACCAUGCGCUUCAUAAAGCCGGACGACAAUACGACUGACAUUGCGGCCAUCGAGGUGCUGAACGUGGUUCUCCGGCUGGCUAACUUGAACUCCGCGCGCAAAGACGAAGCCACCUACGGCUCCAAGUCAACUUUCUUCGUGUACCUCAACACCUCACUCGUGGGGCUCGUGGAUGUUUCCAGAAGCAAUGUUUUUCUGAUGCUCCAGUCUCCCAAAUAUGCUCAGGGGUUACUGCAAGUGAUGAGCGUCGUGCCAUUCCGUGUUAUGCUCAACUAUAUUGGCUAUCGUGUCAUCGAUGAUCUCUGGAUAUUUUCGCCUGAAGAUGUAGGCGAGGUGAUUACUCCCGGUCGAAGCCGAGAACGCAACUGUCUGGUAAUGGCCGAGAGAGCCCUGGACUCGCAGAUGCUGCAGCUAGGCUACAUGGCUCUCAAGACAAAGCUAAACUUUACCAAUCUUGCGAGGCUAACAAAAGACACAAAACGGCGUCUUGUAGAAACAGUGGAGCACUUAUCUUGGAUGGAUCGGCAGAUGAAGAAGACUGUAGUUGAGAAACUGACAGCUAUUGAAGUGACACUCUUUUUCCCGGACUGGAUUAAGAAAAGCUCGAUCCACUUCCGUCCCGUUGAAAUUAAUCGAACGCAGGUUCUCGUGUCAUACCAGGACCUCAUGGCACAAACGUAUGCACAACACAUUGCCUCGCAAACAGGGGCCGCGAUAAGUAGUUCAUUUACUGGACGUUUAUCCGAUAUCAAGUGUUCCUACGACCCAGAGAGCGGCGCGUUGUACAUUCCGGUGUCUGCAGCGAACAUCACAAAGACACCCGUGUCUCCUUACGUCGCGCUUCUGCAAGUACCUCGAAUAGGUGUUCGUCUGGCUCAUUGCCUCCUCGAGGCAGCGCUCGGAACGUCAGACCAGCAUACCUAUCCGUGGACCCCGCUUUCCAGGUCAAGGUACAAAGUAGUCCGCCAGUGCUUCAACGAAAGGUAUUCUGCGGUCAUGGACCCUUUAGAAAAGCAAAUCGUCUACGAACUGCCAGACGUUGUGAAUCGGAACAUCUACGAGCACGUUGCUGUCAGCAUGGCACACCUGGAGUUUCGCGAGGGAGUCCGGCGCCUGAGCAAUAACUACUCCGACUACAGACUCGCCGCGGCACAGCACUGGUCGUCAGAUCAGCUGUUUUUUGUCUACUACGCCGAGUCACUUUGUGAGAAAUACAACGAAGAAUGGACCUUCCGGCAGUUUCUGCGGCGAAAAGAGAGCCCCAUGGCCCAGCGCGUAAACCUGGCCCUGUCACACGAUGCGACCUUUCACAGGGCCUUUGGUUGUAGGAGAGGUCUGGGAAUGCGUCCUGUCCGAAGCUGCAGUUUCUGGUGAAAAGUGCGCACGGACUGAAGCCUCGUUGUGUCUUUCUUCUCGCGAGACACGACGGCAAAGAGCAAGUUGGAACUCCCGGCCCUUAAAUCUAUCUUCAGAAAACUGAAAUGCCAAGGAGGGAGAAGGAAACAAUACAUGAUUAUACAUGACGAACAACGCCGCCUGCUCUCCUUAACAAAGCCGUCACUAAGACACUGCCUUCGUAUAGUGAAUACCUGCUCAAGCUACGCCAUUGACGCCUUUUUUUUUUCUUGCAAUAAGCUGGUUUAAAAACGCUCCCAUUCUGGUGGUUGAAAAUUGUUAGUGUGGACUUUACAAAUGUCGCGGGGACGGGAUCUUGAAGCUGACUGUCGAAGCAUCGUACGCAUCAUUAUCAGACGUAUCCUGACUUCAGAGCUCUACAAGAAGCAUCCUGACAUAAGAAUGGGACGUAAAAGCAGUUGACCCGGAUAAAAGUAACGUAAUAUGGCUUUCGAGAGCGUAAAGAAUGGUAGCGUUUAGUGUUCGUUUGAUUGUUCUAUGUAUGCCCAAUAAAGUUCCAUCGC